CUCGCUUCCGCUUCCUCUUCGCCUCGUCAAUGUCGCGUCUCUGGCAUGAUUGUACGAUCAUGCGCUGUCCGGCGGACGUUGUCAUCAUGUCUUCGCCUUCCACCUCCCAAUGACUAUGGCUUCUCCUUCAACACGCGACCAUUUCGAACAUCGGCCAGCUUGAACGCUGAGCCACCGAAUCACUACGAGACAUUGAACAUUCCGACCAAUGCCAGUCCCAAGGACAUCAAGAAGUCCUUCUACACGCUCUCCAAAGCCAACCACCCCGAUCUGCACCCCAACGAUCCCUCCGCCUCCCAACGCUUCGUCCAAAUCUCCGAAGCCUACGCGACCCUUGGCUCACCCGAGAAGAAACAGCGCUACGAUCGAGACUUCCUCCGCACACAGCCAGCAAGCGGCACCGGACAUGGAGGACCAUCCUACGCUCACGGCUCCCACUCCUCCCACAUGGCCUCAACAGGCCCCGGUGGUCGAGCUCCCAGCGGUUUGAGUAGACGCCGAACGCAAUUCAAGGGCCCUCCACCCUCCUUUUACAAAUCCGGCGGCUGGGGUGAUCACGGCACGAAACGUCAAGAAGCCUCUGAGCGAGCCUCUCACACCCACGAAGCACAAGGACGCUCCGCAUCAGGACCUCAGGGCCCGGGAAUGGGACCCGGAGGCUUCGCGACGGGGUUCGAUGACGAUGUACCCCAUUUCGACGCGCAAGGACAUUACAAAACCCAUGAGCAGAUUCGCAGAGAGAGACACGAGAGGAAUCGAGUUCGAGCGAGAAUUCGACGGAAACAAGGAGCGAGUUUUGAUGAUGUGGGCGGCAGUAGUACUCUCUUCAACUUUUUUGUCAUUGGAGGCGUGUUGGGUGGUAUUGCGGCCAUUACGGGCAUGUUUGCGAAUAGUGGUGGCAAACCUUCGACGACGACGACUAAGGCGGGCAAGAAGAGUGUGGCAGUCGAAUGAGGUUGUUGAAGGGGAUAUAAAGAUGGAAAAUUCUGCAAUACGAUACCCUGGCAUAUCGAUAAAAAGAAUACCUUCCUCAGCAAGGUAACCUUCUUCAGACCCAAAGUUAUAGGUAGAGGUAUAUAGAUACCUUAGUACUGUAUUCGACAGACAAGCAACGUACCCC